AUGGCUCCCAGAAUGACUCGAAGCCAGAGUCGAAAGACUUCCAUUUCCAACUCUGAGACUCGUUGUCCCUCCUCGUGCAAGAGGAAAAUUGAGUCUGAGGACUCUAUAUCCACUGAAAAAGUUGAGGGGAUACCACCGUCAACCUGCAAGACUCCCCAAAGACCAAACAAGAGGGUCCGCUUCUCGGAUCCCGGCCCUCGGAUCCACGAACCCGACUAUUCUACGGGUUUGACGCCCGCACUGCUUCGCACCUCCUUUGAGGAUCAAGGGGAUGCAGACCGAAUGACCCGCACCCCGAGCCGACGGACGCGGCGGCGCUCUGCUCCUGUAGCACGGCCCCGUUAUCUGCAGGACCUGUCAUCUUCGGAGCAAGUGGUGCAGUUUACGCCCCUGCGGCAGAUCCUGGAUCCUCGGACGAAGCGACGACUUUGCCGUGUAGGUCUAAGUGAUGAGAUCAAUCACAUAGAGCGCGAGAAACGUGAAACCGCUUACUACGAAAAGACCAUCCAGUCCUUGCUGCGCGAAAGGGAUGCGUUGAAGCAGGAGCUGGAAUCGGCGAAGACUAUCCAAAAUGAGCGUCAAGUCAGGCACAUGGAUGAUCAACCCACGGCCAUGUCGCCACGGACCAGAAUCGAACGUCUGGAGGCCGAAAACGGCCGUCUUAGGGAGGAGAUCUCAUUCUCUUCAAUCCACAAUGCUGAUGAUCAGGAUUCUUUCACCACAACCGACACAAUCAUCAUCAAUGACAGUGUAUUUGACGGGGAUACUAUCCUUAUGUCCAACUCGCCUGUCAUCCGUGGUUUAGAUGAAAGUCAUUCCCCCGCCCCGGACAAUCUUUCACUGCUGCACAAUCAUAAUACAGCUACCGACGUUGGCACCCAAGCUUAUUUGCCUGAUGAGGAACAAGAAGCCGAGAUACGCACACUCUCACUCGACCUAGAAGCUGCCAGGAAAGAAAAAAGGGAUCUGUUCGAUGCAAUCCGCGCUCACUCUUCUGCAUUCAAUGGCACAUCACUUGGUCAGCACCUCCGCCGAUCCUCUCCGCCUCCGGAUUUCCUAGCUCAACUUGUGCCCGCGCUCACCGAGGCUGUCAGCCGUGCCUCAGACGCUGUCGGCGCUCUGAAUUCAGCCGCGGAAGAACUUUCGAGUAUUGGGUUUUCGGGUACUACUGUGAACGACAUCAUCUCUGAGAUGCGCCAUUGCUUCCGUUCGGCGCGUCUCGGUCUGGAGCGCGCACUACCUGGUGAAAUAGCCAAUGCGGGUCUGGAUGAUGGAAGUGCCACAUUGGCCGCGCUGGUCAACCGGGUAGAGCUGUUGGUAAAGGACCUAGACGAAGAGCGUAAUUCCCACCAUGGCUCGUUAGGUCGUGAAAAGGCCCUGCGUGGCCAAUUCGAUACCCUUUUGGCUCGGUAUGAGGUCGCAACAAAGAAGAUUCAGGAUCUGGAAGAGUCGAGGGCAGCUUCUGCCAGCGAUAUGCUGCAUACAAGAAUGCGAAUGCAGGAACUCGAACGCGAAGGAGAAGAGCAAGUCGUGAGCAUUGACAGAUUGAAUGCAGCACUCAGCAAAUAUUGUGAGGAGGUCAAAGGGCUCGAGAUCCUUGUGAAUCAACUUGAGGCGGAUAAGACCGCUUCUCAAGAGCAGCACAGCCAGCAUGUGUCCCAACUUGAGGAGAAAUUGGCUCACGAGAAAAAGUCACGUUCUGCGGCCGAGUCUGCUGUUGCUGAGCGGGAAGAACGUAUUCGUCAGCUCGAAGGGACAGUGGAGCUGAACCGGAUUCGCGCGUGCGACCUUACCGCGAAGGUUGAAUCGAUCGAAAAAGAGCGACGGGAAGCUAUCCAAAGCUUAGAACAGAAGAUAGCCGAGCAGAUUGAACAGCAUGAAAAUGAGAUCGGUCUUCUGAAUGUCCGGGUCUCGGAGCUCACCACCGCGCUUGAGGCUGCCAAGUCAGAAGUAGAAAAGCUGCUUCGAAGCAACACAGGGCUGCAUGAGCAGCUGCAACUAGAAAUGGAGGUCAGGGACAAUCUGCUGGACAAAUGGGCUGCGGAUCAAGCCCGGUCAUUUGCUUUCAUGAAAGAGACAGUCAAUUCAGAGCGACGAAGGGCGAAGAUCCGUGCCGCAAAUUGGGAAAUGAAGUCAGAUGAUCUUCAGUCGGACGGCAUUCCUCUUCCAAGCGAGCCGAUCACUCCAGUCAGUAUGACCAGGUUCGUUGAUGUGGAGGUUGGCAGGGGUAAGAAUAGAAGGCGGCUCGACAGUGGCAUUGGCAUUUUGACCGAAGAAGACAUUCUGAAUGAAGUUGAGGACGGCGCUGAUCCCCCAAUGGACGUUAAUCUUCUGCCGUCCGAUCCAGCUCAACUAUGA